AUGACGGAGUUGGAGAAACCCACAAGUAUCACCGGCGGUUGUCUGUGUGAAUCGGUUCGAUAUACCAUCACGUUUCCCCCAGACCACCCCUGGGACGACUGUAUCGGAACGUGCCAAUGUGUCUGGUGUCGUAAGGUCACAGGCUCGCUUUUGUUCAGAUUUCAUCAGCUCAAGAAAACCGACGUCAAGUUUGACGCAGACUCAACACUCAGAACCUACCAGGCCACCCCGGGAAAGCAUCGCGGCUUCUGCAAUAACUGCGGGAGUUACCUGUUUUACCGUGGCGAGACCAGCAAAUUCAUCAACCUGGCAGUUGGAUGCUUCGACAAGGACGCCAUGAAAAAGUACGGAACCAUUCUCACCAAGGCGGGUGGCCAUUUGUACGUUUGCGACGAAAUCCCAGGCGUCACAGACCACCUCGAAGGCGACCGUUUUGAGACCGAGCCGCAUGACUAA